AUGGCUCAGUCUAUUUCCUCUUUCUACGGACCUGGCACUUCCGUGGAUGAUACCUUUACUCCUGUCCCUCAAGAUGCCUCUCGAAUCCUCCACGAACUCGCUGCAAAGACUCCUGGCUUCACAUGUGAUGCAUCUCUCCUGAAUGGCGUCAAUUUCACCGGUAACGACCUGCCAGCCAUUCCAGGUCCCAUCAAAUCCACUGCCGUCACUGCUGCGCUUCAUGCCAUGGCCGGUAUUAUAGGCCAUCAGAUACUCUCUCUGCGUGGGCAAUCUACAGAUAAUAAGACAAGCAUCAAUACCGAUGCCGUUAAUCUCUUCUUCAAUACACCGGCCGUCGCCAGUAUUGAUGGCAUCGACGGUCCGGCAGUUAUGCAGAACCCUUCCCUCCAAGCGCAACAAACUACUAUGGGCUUCAUUGGGGGCUCAAAACUCGACCUGCGCACCAGCGCCAUAUAUCCGACGAAGACAUUGAAUACGUGGUACCAAGUGCACGGCAGCAUGGACGCAUCCUCCGUAUUAAAAGCCUUGGAUAUCGAUCCAACACAGACUGUCGACGAGAGAGAAGCGUACGAAAUCAUCAAGAAACGUACACUGGAGCUGGAAGCAGCGGAGCUCGAGCUACUGAUGCUUGAACAUGGCCUAUGUGGAACUAUUGUGUACAGCCCAGCCGGGUGGCGAGCAACGCGCAUGGGGAAGGACCUGGCACGACACCCCCUCGUGAACGGUGGUAUGGUGCCUUUAAGCGAAACGAUUCCACCGCCAAAAUUUGCGCCUCUGGACCCGAGUGACAGGAGGCCGUUGGACGGCGUCAAAGUCUUGGAGUUGGCGCGUAUCAUAGCAGCACCAGCGGCUGGUGCGAUACUGUCUAGUAUGGGCGCCGAGGUGAUUCGUAUACAGAGCAAGGAAUUGCCAGAGUACGUGCACGGCUGUCUAAGUCUCACGGCUGGAAAGAAGAUGUACGAUCUUGAUAUAAACAAUCCGUCAGGGCAUCAACAACUCAUCGACCUGAUGUCAUCUGCCGACAUAAUCAUCCAGGGUUACCGCAUCGGCUCCCUUGCGCGUAGGGGCUUUGGUCUCGAUACCGCUAUCAAAAUUGCGGCUGCGCGAGGCAAAGGCAUCGUCUACGUUGACGAGAACUGUUACGGGCCCGACGGCUAUUAUGCCGAGCGGCCCGGCUGGCAACAGGUUGCUGAUGCUGCGGCUGGAAGUUCGUAUGUUAUGGCAAAAUCCUUCGGGCUUCCUGAAGGACAAGGCGUGCUGCCUUCUCUCCCUAUCAGCGAUAUGUCGACGGGUGCACUGACAGCCGUGAAUGCUAUGCUCAUGCUGCGAAACUGCAUGGAGAAAGGAGGUGUAUGGCAUGGGACGUCCGCACUGACCGCAUAUAAUGCACUAACACUAGAGCCGUGGGUCGGAUUGUAUGCCCCUGAAACGGUGCAGAAAGUCAAGGAAAGGUACACAUUUCCGACGUGGGACGGCCGACUGCACGUAGUGGAGCUGUACUGGAUGAUGUUCAAGGCAUGGAAGGAAGCGGGAGGCCUACUUGAUCGCGAAGAUAUCUUCCAAACGUUUGCGGAUAGUGCUUACGGGAAGAACCUGAGGAUCUUGGCGCCGAUUGUGAGAUAUCAGGAUGAGAAGGCGACACCGAGAUGGAGCUCGCCGCCGGAGCCGUACUGCUGCAGAACGGGUGUGCCACAGUGGGGAAAGUAA